AUGACAAGUGGCAGUCCAAGUGCUACACGGACCCCACCCGGUCCAGCGAAUCUAGUCAUCGACGCAGUCUUGUCACCUCCUACGAACGGCAACGGCAAUGGAAUGAACGAGAUGGGGGUCUCCUCGUCGUCGUCGUCGUUGUCCUCGGAGGGGGAUGAUGUCACGAACGCGCAGGGAAAAGGGCGUGGAGGGGAGGGGGAUGAAGAGGAUGUUGGGUGAGUGGGUUGGGUCUUUGGGUGCGGUUGGUUUGAGGAUGUGGGUUGGGGAGAUGUAUACGGUGUUUUGGAGCGGUAUGGAGGAUGGCCAUGCCGGCGUGCCGCUUGCGAGGGCGAGGGCGAGUGGGGUCCGGGCGAGAGCGUUCAAGGCCGAACUCACCUUUAUCAGAGGCGAUGGGGAACUGACUUGUGGUCUUGUGUGUGGUGUAUAGGCCUCUUCCCACGACCCGCACGACCAUUACUACGAUCGUACACCCUACAGGGGUAGAUGGCGUUGCUUCAUUGCCCAGUCAGCUUUCCACCGCUUCGUACGUACCUCGAUGUCGGCAAUCAACCCGGAAAGCAAACAAACCACUAACACCAUCGCACCCCACACCCAUCAUCAGUUACACCCACUCCAACACCACCAAACUCAUCUCCUCCAUAUCCCCCUCGGACGGCUCCCUCACCCUCAAACCCAUCGGACCGAGGAGUUCAAGAUCGUCGCAUCCAAAGACCAAGAAAUCGGGCUCGUCGAGACCGGUCAGUUUCCAACCCCGUACCUCGGCUUUCGAUCGCAACAAUUCCGAAUCGGCGGGCAAUUCGUUCAGAGGGUUCUUUACGUUGUUUUGGAUCAUGUGCGUUGCCGUCGAAUCGGUUCAAGAAGAGAGGGAGGUACUUGUCGGAUCCGAUCGACUGACCCCCUCUGUCCAUUGUGGUCUUGGCACUGUAGCAUCUUUGUUGGGGCGCUCAGGGUCGGCAUCAAGCAUUAUUCUGAGCACGGGGCCUUGUUCAGGUGGACGUUCGCCAAGUUCAUUUCCCAGGAUGGACUGGCGCUCGCGGCGAGUGAUGCGGCCAUGUUGGCGGGUACGUUUGCAUGUGUGCCGUUUGCAAAGGUUAGUGUGGUGGGGGACCGAUCGACGAGAGAAAAGAGGGGACAUGGUGCUGAUCUGGAAAUGUGUUUGGAUUCCCACUGACAGGCACUCAAGAAUGGUUGGAUGAGGUAUCGAGGCGUAGGCAUGAUCGUACAACACAUCUACCAAGUCAUCUUCCUCGGCGUCGCCGUGCGGUGGACCUUUCACAAGGAAUGGCCCUGGGUCCAAUCGGGGUUCCUCGUCCUCCACACCUUGACCAUGUUGAUGAAGAUACAUUCGUACUGCGCCUAUAACGGCGACUUGUCCGAGAAACGGAGGGAAUUGGACAUCAAGCGAGCCGAACUGAAUCGAGUCGUCAAGGAACAAGGAGGCGAAGAGGCCUGCCAGCAAGAGGCCAAACGGGUAUGGACGAAGGAGAUCAAAGAGGGCGCAUUGGUCGAUGAUGCACCUUCGAAUGAGCUCGUCGAUCCUCCUGCGAGUCCGGGGAGUCUGGACGUUAAAGCUUCGGAUUAUGCACCGACUGGGAUGAGGCAACGCGUAGCCAGGAGGAAAUCGUCCACUUCGAUCGUCGGCGUGACGCCGUCCAACUCCAUGUCCAACAAGGGCAAACCAGUGCCUCUCGUAGGACUCGAAGCAUUGACAUGGCAUCCGCAUGAUCAGUUGAGGGAACUCGUGAUUGACGUCAUGGAUCUUGACGAGUUGCUCGUUUCGACCGGUGUCAAGAAGGUUCGAUGGCCCGAGAACACGACCCUUUUCAAUUUCUGCGAUUAUCUUCUCGUUCCUACUCUCGUAUACCAUCUCGAGUAUCCGAGGACGAAUACGAUUCGACCGCUUUACGUGGUGGAGAAAGUCGGAGCGACGUUCGGGACGUUCAUGAUUUUGCUCUUGACCGUCGAGCAUGUCAUCAUUCCUGCCUAUCCCAAGCAUACGGAUCCUUUCCAUAUCAGUCUGCUUGAUCUCGCCAUUCCUUUCAUGGUCAAUUAUCUUUUGAUCUUUUACAUCGUGAGUUAAGUGCCCACUCUUUCAAUACCUCACUUCAGUACUGAACGCCCAACCAUGGCUGCGCAGAUCUUCGAAUGCAUCCUCAAUGGAUUCGCCGAACUAACCUACUUCGCCGACCGGGGCUUCUACUCCGACUGGUGGAACUCGCAGUCCUUCGACGAGUUCUCUCGUAAAUGGAACAUUCCUGUACAUACGUUCCUCUUGAGGCAUGUGUACGCUUCGACCAUCUCGACCUAUCAUGUUUCUAAGUUUCAGGCGGCAUUCGUCACGUUUUUACUUAGUGCGGUGAGUUCAGGGCCCGUAGACUUGUGCGGUUGAAGUGCAGUGCUGAUUUGGUCGUGGUUGCCUUUCCAGUGCGUGCAUGAGUUAGUGAUGGCGGUGGUGAUGAAGAAGCUUAGGCUGUAUCUCUUCCUCAUGCAAGUAAGUAGCACGUCGACCGCGCUCUCGAGACUUUCCAAGAUAUUCACUUCGGCUUGGUCGCUGACGAUUGACACACAUUUUUUUUCGUUGCCUUUUUUGUAGAUGUGUCAGCUCCCCUUGAUCGUGGUCGGCCGUCUCCCUAUCCUACGACGAUACCCCGCGCUCGGUAAUGUGAGUCUCGACACGCCUGGGUCGAAUCUAAUUCUUCCGCGAAGCUGAACCCGACUCCCCUGGUCCGCCCACCAGCUCUUCUUUUGGAUAGGUCUCUUGUCCGGAUUUCCCCUCCUCGCAGUAUGCUACAUUCGGUAUUAAUCACCUCCAUCCUCGAAGAGCGCUUUCCUCUCGUCGUUGA